GGUAAUCGAACCGCAGUUUAUGUGCAAAACGAUGGGAAAGUUUUUCUUCUUCGGUUUUGUCGGACUUCUGCUUUCCUGGGGAGCUCUCUACUACCGAUACAGUGACGAGAAGAACACUUCGGCGAGAAAAUAUCGAUUUGAUCCCCCGCCAGCACUCGUUGGCAACCUAUUUAUAAAUGCGGGUCUGGAAAAGGCCGAGCACAUCCUUGACGGAAAAAUUGUUGGACCCGAAUCUAUGGUGGUAGAUGAUGAGGCGAUUUAUGUGUCUGUUAAUGAUGCAAAAGUGCUGAAAAUCGUUGACGGCCGGGUUGUGAGCAAGGCUUCAUACUCGGAAAAGUCGAAAUUCUUCCCAGACUGCGGGCAUUUCGAUACGGAGCCCGAAUGUGGACGGCCUCUUGGAAUCCGUCGACUUGUGGCUGGAAAACCGAAAUUCGUCGUUUGUGACGCUUAUUUGGGAGUCUACAUUGUCGAUUUUACCGAUGAGCAAAAUCCAAUCUCCACACAAAUCCUGGACUCAAAGGUGCCAAUCGAUGGUCUAAAACCUCGAUUUUUGAACGAUUUGGACGUAAUUUCAGAGGAUGAGCUUAUCAUUUCGGAUAGUUCAACACGUCACGACCGUCGGCAUUUUAUGGCUGCAAUCCUCGAACAUCAAGCCGACGGACGCAUUUUUCAUCUGAAAAUCUCGACAAAAAGCGUAAAAGUGUUGGCUGAUAAGCUGUAUUUUCCCAAUGGAAUUCAAUUAACGGAGGAUAAGAAAUCUGUGAUUUUCGCGGAAUGUAGUAUGGCGAGAAUCAAGAAAUUGACGAUUGCAUCGAAAAAAGUGGAAAUGUUCGCGGCCAAUUUGCCAGGCCUUCCGGAUAAUAUUCGUAGCAGUGGCCGUGGAACUUAUUGGGUUGGACUUACAGCGACUCGCUCAGCAACUCAUCCAUCUCUUCUCGACCGGCUCGGCAGUCUUCCUGGAAUCCGGCAAUUCCUUGUUGACAUCGUGCCAGGACCCUACUGGAAACCACUUCUCGGUCUCUUCAAAAACCCGCAUUCCAUCAUCAUCGAGCUCGAUUCCGUCGGAAAAAUCGUCAGAAGUCUGCAUGACGUCACCGGAAAACACGUGGGCGACGCGUCCCAGGUCACCGAACACAACGGGCAUUUGUAUAUAGGAAGCUUUGCGGAUCAUUAUAUUGCUAAAGUUAAAUUGUAGAGUUUUAAUUGAAAAUUAAAAUUUAAUUUACGAAAAUCAAUAGUUUCGGACACCUUGCCUUUGUGAUACUUCUUCAUAUUCCAGUUUUUCACUUUUAAAAAUAUAAAUAUUU